AUGUCGAUGAACUCCAGCGCCUUGAGAGAUAUACUCUGCGAUCCUCCCCACCCUGAAUUACUGGAAUCCCUCAACGAGUCCAGCUCUCAUAAGAGUUUGCUGCCGCUUCUCGAUGUCGAGAUACAGCGCAGUUCGGCCCGCCUACAACGCCUCCGAGAAUACAGGAACGCCCUGGCAUCUCCCGUCUACUCUCUACUCCCGGAACUACUCUCUCGUAUAUUCUUCAUAUAUGCGUAUGACAAUGAGACACUCUUCGAUCUGCGUUGGACGAAGUUACUUCUCGUCUGCAGGCGAUGGUACAACGUUGCCAUACGCACCCCCGAGCUCUGGAGCUUUGUCCAGUUGACGAGAUCAACCGACAUGAGCCACUCUGCGGUACUGUACGACAUCUUCGAGGCUGAUGAAUGGCGUGUCGGGGUUCAGCUAUCUCGUGCGGGUACAUGGCCGCUCAUAGUCAAGGCGGACUUUCAUCCCGAGGCCUCUGAAGCACAUACAGACCUGCUACUCGCCAUAGCGAAUCGCCAACGUCUGUCAGCACUCAUCAUUGAUAGAACAAAUCACACUAUCGAUAAGAUUGUUCGAGACCUGGCUGAUCGUCCACGUCCCCUGCUCCGCACUCUGUCGAUAUGCAAUACGUGGUGGUCAAGAGACGAUCAAGAGAAGACCGUUUACCCCAAGCUACCGGACGGUCUUCUUCGGGAUGCAUUGCCACAUUUGAGUGACCUGUAUAUCAGCGAGAUGUUAUUGAAUUGGGGUCUGCUCCGAGGAUUGCGGUCCCUUCGCAUCUCCUUUGACACGCACGACGCUAUUCCAUUUUCCAUGGAGGACUUGAUCGAUGCCCUCGGAAGAUGUCCCUUGCUCGAGUAUUUUCAACUGAGGGCACCGCGAUCAGGGGUACCCAGAGUCGCAAACUCGUGGCAAUCUGCAUCACUCCCGCGAAUUGCAGUGAUAUCUAUACGUGCCCCUGUUCAUCUAUGCGCCGACGUCGUGCAGUCUGUGAGGGAUGCGCCGCCCAUGGCCAGAAUAUAUGUCCACCAGUGCCCCCCCGAGGAAGUUUAUCUUGGUACACCUGAUGUGGAAGAUGAUGAUCCCACUGGAACUGCUUCCGAUCUGGAGGAUACUUUGGCUGCCCUGAUAUCAUACACUGGUGCACACGCCCGGAAUGACGAUUCCCCUGUCAUUCGCUCCGUGAGCGUGAUGCAAUCAGAGAACAUGCAUUUCUGGACAAACGACAUGUAUUUCAUUCGUGUACUGGGGUGCUUGCACGCAGAACAGAAUGGACGGGAAUUGAUCUCAUGGGAAGACGUUCCUCGCCAUCCUGAGUUCGUCGGUAUUGCGGGACAUGUGCCGACCGAGCCAGUUGAUCUCUCGAAUAGACUGCUCUCGGAUAUCUUGAGCUCUUGGCCACUGGAACGAGCUACACAUCUUGACAUGCGGGAAGCAGAAUACUUCCGGGAAGUCCAGUGGGACGCGGUCUUUUCGGCCAUGCACGCGGUGACAACAGUGAUACUUCACCCAUGGUCUGAAACUGCCGACACUUUCAUCGACUAUCUGUACACCCACUUGCGUAUGCAACAGCGACGUCGCGUUUCCCAUAUCAUCUUCGACGCUGCUCAAGUCCGUCCAUACUCAAGCACGCGCAUGUACUCAAUAAACAAUGUGGUUGGGGACGAAAGCCGUUCGCGGAGAGCAAUGAUGCGUACCUUGGUGUACAACAAGGAGGCGUCUAGCGCAGGAAGCCCGUUGUAUACCGUUGAGGUCAUCAACGAUGAUAGAGGCCAUCUGAUUGCGCCAAGCCCCGAUGUCGACUGGAGCGAGCUGUACCACGAUCUGGAAGAGGGGUUCGUGUACCAAGGUGUCUUGUACAAUUCGGGAACUGGUCGAAUUGGGACGGCUAGGAACUCCUUCCAAAUCGAUUCCUGA